CUCAGUGGUUAUCUUUCUUUCAGUUCUUUUGAGCUGCUGGCUGUGCAGAAACGGCUGCAGUGAAAAUAAGCUCUUGAAAAAGUUGUAGUAUACACUAGUUAUUUUCAGCUUCAGAGAUGUUUGGGAAGGCACCUUACCCCUAUAAACUCUCCACUGUCAAGGUCAUUCUGCAGCAAAAGUGUUCUUCACUCUGUUUUUCGUUGCAAGAUUCAGUCUCCAGACAGGUUUCCACACGUUUGCCUUUGAUCUCCACGGCCUGCAAUCUGCGGGGAAUCCAGCACAGGAAUGAAUGUAAGACGACGCCGUGGCAAAUAAACUGGGGGUUUCUCAAGAACAGAGAGCAGAGUGCGCGGCCUGAAUUUCUCAACUUGGCAAGAGCCAAAAGAACACUGGCGGAAUAAGCGUCCUCCGACCUCACCGCCGUCAACCUCAUGGCCGGCGCCGUCUCUGAGGUCGAAUGCCACCGUCCUUGGCGCCGGGUCGAACGCCACCGCCGUCGAGCGCACCCGCCUUUUGCUCUCUUGUCCCUCCGACCCACUCCCUAUCUAUCAUCAUGUCAGAAAUACAGUCAAACUGUCUGCAUCCAACGCCGAUUGUUUACCCCUUGCGCAGCUGCGCGACGCGCCAAUCGCAAACAUAAUAAACUACUUCCCCUCCGUCGACAAUGUCGAAUCACGUCACGCCCGCAUGGUCCAACCGCGGAUUCUUGUCGACUCCGGCAUCCUACACCAAUAACCAUCUACCAAAAGCUCCACGGUAAACAGCAGACGCCACAAGGACACAGUCACACAGAGGAGGUGGGUGCAGCCGAUGGCCGCGCAGCGCUCCGGCGCGGGGGGCGUGGCCGCCGGCGACGACGACGCGGACCGAGCCCGGCUGCGCCAGCUCGGCUACAAGCAGGAGCUCAAGCGCGGCCUCGGCGUGGUCUCCAACUUCGCCUUCUCCUUCUCCAUCAUCUGCGUCAUGGCCGGCGUCACCACCACGUACAACGCCGGCCUGAGGUACGGCGGGCCGGCGUCCAUGACCCUCGGCUGGCUGGUGGUGGCCUUCUUCAACGGCUGCGUCGCCCUGUCCAUGGCGGAGAUCUGCUCGGCCUACCCGACCUCCGGCGGGCUCUACUACUGGAGCGCCAAGCUCGCCGGCGAAGAGUGGGCGCCUCUUGCUUCCUGGAUCACCGGCUGGUUCAACCUUGUGGGCCAGUGGGCUCUCACCACCAGCACGGACUUCUCGCUGGUGCAGCUUGUCCAAGUGAUCAUCUUGCUUGGCACCGGUGGAGCCAACGGUGGCGGCUACAUGGCCUCCAAGUACGUUGUUCUGGCCGUCCACGGCUCCCUCCUCGUCCUGCACGGGCUCAUCAACAGCCUCCCCAUCCGGUGGUUGUCCUGGUUCGGCCACCUCGGUGCAUUUUGGAACACUGCAGGUGCCUUUGUCCUGGUGAUCAUGAUUCCGGUUGUUGCCAAGGAAAGAGCGAGUGUUGAGUUCAUCUUUACACAUUUCAACACGGACAAUGGCAUGGGGAUCCAUGACAAGGCCUACAUUUUGGCGCUAGGGCUUCUAACGAGCCAAUACUCAUUGCUCGGCUAUGAUGCAUCGGCUCACAUGAUUGAGGAAACGAAGAACGCGGAUUGGAGUGGUCCGAUCGGGAUCAUCACAUCCGUUGCUCUCUCGACCGUGUUUGGUUGGAUCUUCCUUGUGGCUCUAACAUCCAUUGUGACGAACAUACCAUACCUGCUAGACCCUGGCAAUGAUGCUGCCGGGUACGCCGUUGCGCAAGCGCUUUACACUGCCUUCCACCGAAGGUAUGGCAGUGGGGUUGGAGGGCUCGUCUGCACAGGCAUCGUCGCGUUCGGCAUCUUCCUCGCGGGUGUCGCGUGUGUCGCCAGCAAUUCAAGGAUGGGCUAUGCCUUUUCGAGGGACAAGGCGAUGCCCUUCUCGCACGUGUGGCACCGGGUGAGCAGGAACGAGGUGCCUCUCAAUGUUGUGUGGCUCUGUGUGGUUGUCGCCUUCAUAAUGGCUCUCACGGUGCGUAAUACCUCUGCCAUCUCGAUCUCGACUCGAAGCACCAAACCUUUACAACAUGAACGCAUGAUUCGUGUCAAGGACUUGCUACCACACCUAAAAUUUCACGUUCCUAUUUUUGUGUGUGUUUCUUGUCUUCGUAUGCAGUCUCUCGGAAGCCAGGUGGCAUUCCAAGCAAUGGUGUCGAUUGCGACACUAGGGCAGUACAUCUCCUACGUGCUACCCAUCUUCUUCCGUGUGACGACGGCCCGGAGGUCAUUCAGCCCAGGGCCAUUCCACCUAGGGAGGUACAGUAUUGUCAUCGGCUGGGCAGCAGUCCUCUGGGUGGCCUUGCUCACCGUGCUCUUCUCAUUGCCUGUGGCGUACCCAAUCGCCAAGGACAACUUCAACUACACGCCGGUGGCCGUCGGUGGUGUGCUACUGCUCAGUGUCGGCUCAUGGGUGCUCCAUGCCCGGUUCUGGUUCAAAGGACCCAUAGUAAAUGUUGACAUGUAG